UUCUUUGUGCCUAUAAUAUAAUUGGCUGAUUGUGCCAGGGAUGAGCGCGCCCCCUCCCCCAGCCCGCUCCCGGCUCCCUGUUAGCCAGCCUCACUGCUGGUUUCCGAGGAGAGCAGUUGGCUGGGCUGCGCUCUCCCGGCACAGGCUGUGCCACUGCGCAGGUUGAUCAGGAAACAGCAUCCAUUUUACUCUGCCGGAGCCCUCCCUUACCAGGGCGUUCUCUGCGCCUGUGGAUGCCCUGUGCCUCCCCUCUGCAGCCUCGGUGACUGUCCUGCUUGGGGGUCUGUGCCCUAGGAUGCACUGAGAUGGUGCAUCAGGACAACUGCUCAUAUCAGGCACAGAAAAAUGAGAGAGAGUCUAUCAGACAGAAGUUGGCACUUGGAAGCUUCUUCGAUGAUGGCCCGGGAAUUUACACCAGCUGUAGCAAAAGUGGGAAGCCGAGCCUGUCCUCUCGGCUACAGAGCGGGAUGAACCUGCAGAUAUGCUUCGUCAAUGACAGCGGCAGCGACAAGGACAGCGAUGCUGACGACAGCAAGACAGAAACGAGCCUGGACACCCCCUUGUCGCCCAUGAGCAAACAGAGUUCUUCGUAUUCCGAUAAAGACACAACUGAAGAAGAAUCCGAGUCCCUGGAUGACAUGGACUUCCUCACAAGGCAAAAGAAGUUGCAAGCCGAAGCCAAAAUGGCCCUCGCCAUGGCCAAACCAAUGGCUAAAAUGCAAGUAGAAGUGGAAAAACAGAACAGGAAAAAGUCUCCCGUCGCUGAUCUUCUGCCACACUUGCCUCAUAUAAGUGAAUGCCUGAUGAAGAGAAGUUUGAAACCCACUGACCUGAGGGACAUGACCAUCGGACAGCUACAAGUGAUAGUCAAUGACCUCCAUUCCCAGAUAGAAAGCUUGAAUGAAGAGUUGGUCCAGCUGCUUCUCAUCCGAGAUGAACUGCACACAGAGCAGGAUGCCAUGCUGGUGGACAUCGAAGACUUGACCAGACAUGCUGAAAGUCAGCAGAAGCACAUGGCAGAGAAAAUGCCUGCGAAGUGAAAAGAAGCCAUCCAACCAGAGGACAAGCUAGAAUUUAUUUUGCUUCUGUGGUUGUAAAAAUGUUGCUAAAGGUGGCGCAGAACAAACAAGUAUCAGUGUUUAGUCAUUGAUAACGUCCGAAGCUUACUGUCCAGUGAUUGGCCUCUGCUUCUUAAUUUAUUUUAGUUUUUUACUUGUGCCACUAAAUUCCAGGCAUUUUAACAAACAGUUAUUACAGAAAUGUACAGUACUUACACCAUCACAAGUCAUGGUUAAUCCGAGAGGGUAGUUUUAACCUGGUUUUAUUUGUUUAGAGAGUUUGAGCUGGAGCAGUGUUGCGCCAUUGAGCACUCCCACUCUUCACUGUAGUUUCGAGAAGAACCGGAAAUGACGGUGCUAUCCAAGUCAGAAAUACAUGCCUGCCUCGUAGUGAAGUCGUAGCUCUCCUUAAUAUGUAUAUUUUAAUCAGUUUUCAACAUUUUGUGAAUGUUGACUACCUGAAGUUCAUUUUUAGAUGUGCUAUUAACAUUCUGUUGGAUUCAGAGGGUUCCUUGAAAGUUUUAUGUAUAAAUAUGUAAAAUAAAAAUUAAAAAUUUGUUUCAUAUGAUA